GAAAAGAUUUAAAAAUAUGUUUUCAUAAUUUUUCAAAAGAAGUAACUAAUCCAAAAAGAAAGUAGAUUUAGAAGAAAAAGAGAAUUACCCUUUUUUACAAGAACAAAGCACUUGCAAACAAGAUUUAACAUAAAAAAACAAUAAUUAAUAAUUUAUACCAAUUCCAAAAGGCCAUGAAAAAUAUUCGGAAAAAGAUAAAGAAAAGUGUCCUUAUUUUUCAAUGUAAUAAAAAUAAGAAUAAUCUUCCACAAACGAAAAAGAUCCUUAAAAAAAGAAAGAAAAGAAACCAAAAGGAGGUUGUCCAUUUAUGCCUUCAGAAAGAAAAAAAAAUCCUUCCUUGAAUUCUUGCGAAGAAGGAUGGAAUGAAGAAUAUGUAUCUCCUUAGUCUUAUUUAAUAGAUUAUAGAGGUUUUUUAUCUUUUUCAUUUGAUUAACUAGAAAAACCUGAUUUCAAUUUAAAAGAAAAAAGAAAAAUUUUUGAUACUUUUCCUGUUUAUUUGAAACACACAUUAUUUAUGAAAGAUGAAAACAUGAAAAAAGUUCGAGAAUUAGAAGUCGCAUAAAGAUUUUUUGUUUACGACAAGUUAAGAGAAAAAGGAAACAAAGAAUUCAAUAAAGGAAAUGCGGAAGAAUCAAUAAAAUAUUAUGAAUAAGCAUUAAGUUGCUUUAAAUGGCUUGAACAUGUUGAAAAAGAAGAAGAUGAACAAGAAGAAGAAAUAAAAUUCGAAUUAUCAGAAGAAGAACGUAAAGCUGAACAAGAAAGAGACGACGAAAUACGAAAAGAUCCUUUUUUUAAAAACUUACCACGAGAAACUGAAUAGGAAAGAAUCGAAAGAUUAAAAUUAUUAUAAUAGAUAAGAUAAGAAAAAAAAGAAUUCAGGAAAAAAUAUAAAGGAUUAAUGACUACAUAUACAGAUGAUAAUGUAAUUCUUAAAGAUGGGGAAGAACUUACAGAUAGCCAAGAUAUUGAAAUGAGAUAAAGUAUGCUUAUGACUAUUUAUAUGAGUUUGGCUGUAGCCUAUAUGAAAUGCUUUUAUUUUAAAAUGGCUUAAGUAGCUUUAGAUGAUGCACUUAAAAUUACUUAGAAAAGUUCUUAGAUUUAUUUCAGGAAAUCUUAAUGUGUGGCUUAUAAUAAAUUUAGUGAUUUAAAAGAACUAGAGUAGGCUAAAAAAGAUAUUGAAUAGGCUAUUGAAAUGAAACAAUAUGAGAAAAUAUUUUAAUAAGAAUAAGGAAUUUUAAGAAUUAUGAAUUUAUUAGACCAUAACGAAUGUUAUAUUAAUUUAGCACAUUAUGUAGUUAAAAGAAUUAAAGAAAGAACAGAAUAUGAAACUGAACUUAUAUCGAAAUUAUUUUAAAGGGAAAAACAUAUAGAAGAAGUUGAAUAAUAAUUAAUUGAUGAAGGAAAAACCCCAUAUGAAGAAGGAGAAGAAACAUUAUCAUAAGCAAAUAUAAUUCCAAUAAAUGAAGAACAUUAAGAAUAUGAAAUAAUAUUAGAAAUGAUGAGAAAAUAUUAUCGUGUAAUUGAAUUUUAUACAGAAACAAAGAAACCUGAUUAGGUAAGAAUUGCAAAGAAAGAACUUUAAUAAUUAUCUGAGACUGUCUGUGUAAUGAAUUAUUUAUUAAAAUUGAACUUUAAAAAUUAUAAAGAAAAUUCUUUGAUGAUAAAAUUGAAGAAAGAAUAUGAUAUUGAUUUAGAAAAUGAGAAAAUUCUGAGAAGAUUAGAAAGAUUGAAAAAAAAUAAAGCCAAGAGUAUUUUCGAAAAUGGAAAUUAUAACUUCGAAGUGUUUUAAUAUGCUAUAAAAGAUUAUUUCAAGAAAAAAGAAGAAAAAGAAAAAAAAGAAAAGGAAGAAAAAGAAGCAGAAGAAAAUGAAAAUAAUUAAGAAAAUUUAACUGUUAAAUAGACUGGAUUUAGAAAAGUCAUUUCAAAUAUUUUUAGUUGUGAAUUUAUUUUAUAAGCAACACUUGUAGGAAUGAUUUUUGGAUUCUUUUAUUAUAUGACUACUAAAGAUAAUAUGAUUUCAAUGUUCAUUUUUGAUUAAAUGAAAUGA